CUCAGAUUCUGAGUCUGACUCUGUCUGAAACACAAGUCUCAAGAACAGGGUACAUGUAGUGGACUGAAGAGUACUGACUCUGCUCACAGCCUGCCUCAUCAAAUACCACUAUGUCAAGGGCCACCAAGUCAGCCAAAGCAGCCAAGGAUACAGCCAAGAAAGUUAACCUUGGCAACGUCAUCAGGACGUACGUCAGAGCAGGGUCAGCUGUCCCAGGCCCCCCACUUGGACCUGUGCUGGGACAGAGAGGAGUUGCCAUUGGCCAGUUCUGUAAAGACUUCAAUGAGAAAACAAAGCACAUCAAGGAUGGGAUUCCCCUCCCGUCAAAAAUCUACAUUAACCCUGAUAGAACAUACAAUAUUAAGUUCACCACACCACCAGUUUCGUACUUCCUGAAGCAGGCAGCAGGCAUGAAGAAAGGAGCAUAUCAACCCGGUCAACAAGAGUUUGGGGUCAUCUCUCUGAAGCACAUCUAUGAAAUUGCGCUGAUCAAGAGUCAAGAUGAGAACAUGGAAGGUCUCCCUAUGGAUCACAUAUGCAAGAUGGCCAUCGGGUCCGCACACUCCAUGGGCAUCAAGGUGGUUCCCCGUCUGGAGGAAGAGGAGAUGACGAGCUACAUGGAGGACUCUACCCAGAGGCGGGAGGCUUUCGAGGAAGAGAUGACCGAAGCCAAGGCAGCCGCUAAAUGAUGAAGAUUUUGAACAGUGAAAGCAUCGCAUGCAGUUCCUCAAUGGUCAAAUCUUCAAGAGAAAACCUGUAUGGUGUGAAGUGGGAUGUGUAAACUCAAGCUUUCAUCUCUGAAAUGGAAGAAUGGUCGGUGGCAAUCAAUCUUUUUGAAAGAUUUUGAAGAGAAAUCCUCUAUACUAUGACUUGAAAAGGAAUCUGCAAUGACAGCCUUCUGAUUUGCUAUUGAAGGGUGUUCUGUGGCAAUAGUUGAAAAAAGAUUUUUAAAGAAAAUAUGUUAUGCUUGGAGAUGAAAAGACAAAUAUAAAGACAUGAAAGAAUGCAGGAUCUUGGUGAGAAUACGAUGGUCAUGGCAUUUUUAUUCAGCAUGUACCGAUAUACCUCUCAUGAAUAAGCUGGGGUUGUUAAACCACUUUUGUGAACCUGAUGAACUUUAGUUGGUACCAUGCUACUCGGGCUGACUUAAUGCCUUAGAUGUUUGGAGAUGUUCAUAUUGUGUGUGAAUCUCUUCACAUUUUCUCUGUCACAAGUCUUAUUGAUACAAUUAGAACUUUGCAACCAGUUGCUUAGAGUAUCUACCAAAGUUUAAUAUUCUCUCUGGCAUUGCGUGAGUCCAUACAUACUAUGAACAACAGUUUUCAGGGAGAUGUUAUCCUCAUGAUUUGUAAAAUAUAUGUAUACAGUUUACUUGUAAUGAUAGUAUUUGUUAUACAUAUAACAUCUGUGUACCUAGAAAUAUUGACAGGCAUUAUGUAGGAGAAUGAAUUCUAUUUACAUCUACUGUUUUGACUUCUCUGAGGUUUGUGCAAGUUUUAGAAUUAUUUAAAUUAAUUGAACCUCAGAGAAGUCAAAACAUUAGAUGUAAAUAAAAUUCAUGUUUUAUCAAUUAUUUUAAUCAGAAUAUUAGAGGAUAGCUUAUCAUAAUACAAAUCAAUACAAUAAGUCCAAAUGCAUGUAUCAUGGAUUUUUAAUUAAAAUUCUCUGAAACAUACAACAAUUCAAAAGAAUUUGUAAAAUGUCUGAAGUGUGAUAUGGCAAUAGAAUCUUUAACAAAGUUUUGAACAAUUACUGUGCACUCAAGGGAUGUACACAUGUAUAAGAUUUACGACCUCAAGUACUAGUACUUAUAAAAAAAAAAAUCAUUAUUGUGAUUCUGAAUGAGUUCUGUAUUCAUCAAAUAAAGCCUCUGCCUUAAUAAGAGUUCAAAAGAAAGAAAUACAAUGUAUUUAUUGAAUCAAGAGAAAAUUAGCAUUGUCACAUAAACUUUGAGUUUGCCGACCUGCUUAGGUAUAUUAUGUUCUGUGCAUUUUAGAAUUGUCAAGUGCAGCACAGAUUAGUACGGGUAAGUGCUUUAGGCACAGUACUAGGAUAGGACAAAUUUAAACCACGUUAUUUGCAAAUCUUUUGAAAAAUUUCAGAGGUAAUUUCAUGCCUGUUUGUUUUUAUUGCCCCAUUUUCAACAGUAAAUCUGAUGAAGAAUUUGUGGUAUGAUAAUGGUCUGACAAACUCAAUUUGCUUCAAGCCAACAAUUGUAUGGUACCUGAAAAGCACUCUUUUGAAACUUGUUUGCCUAAUAAAUUCCCCCUAACUGUGUCAUGUAAUGAUCGUCUGUGUAUGGUACAAAUUGCAUUGUGGACUGUGGAGUGUGUAACACACCAUUUGUAUACAUAUCUUUUGAUGAUAGAAUACAUUCAGUCAUGUGUUUUGUAUCUUGGGAUUAGUGUCCUUUAUGACAAAUGUGCUUCUAAAAACACAUUAGUGAGGUGGAACUGGAAAUACAUUUACCACUUCUACUCCAGGUUUUCCAUAGGACUGGCAUUUUUUUGCCUGUAGGUAUGGAUACUGUGUUUUGCAGUGGAUGUGUAUUGGUGAGUGGUGACGGCAUUAGUCUGGCAUUGAAAUCUAGAUGUCUCCAAAAUUCAAUGCUGCCAUCUACAGGUUGUAUUAUGCCAAUCUAAAAUGGCUUUGACUCCGGGGAAGUGGAAGUGUAUAGCUUUGAUAUUCAUGAACCAAAUAUCUCAUGCCUGGAUCCUUUGGUAUUUGUUAUGAAUGGUUUAAAUUAAAGGUACUUCAUAAAUUUGUGAUUUAAUCUUGCUUCACAUUUGAUUUUGAAAAUAGAGUUGAGUUAUAAGUUUGACAGCGAGUAUCAAUUCUAAUCUAAAGUUAAUGAAGCAAAUAAAGGUUUUGAAGGAAGAAAGUGAUCUAUCUUUCAUUUUGGUUAAUGAUAAAGGUGAAUACUGUUAUUGUCGAGGGAAAUUUGUGGGUCAUCAUGAACUAAAACAUUCUAUUCAACUUUGACCUCUUAGCAGAUUACUUCAUUGCUAAAAUGAUGAGAACAUAAUUUUCUGCCUUUGACAAACUACCAACUUCAGUGGUUCAAAUAGAUGAUGUGAAUCUUUGCAAAUUGGCAUUCACUUUCUUCAAACUCAACAUGAAUGUGAUGUCAGCAUCAUCUAUCAUGGGAUUUCAUAAUUUUUGAAACAGAGAAAAUUAGAGUUUUAAACAUAACAAUGAUGUUAUGUUAAAGUCUACUUUUUAAAAUAAAACUUUACAUGUUUUGAUGAAAUCUCAAGGACCCUAGGAUGAUCUGCACGUACUUGUACUGAAUCUUAAGGCCUAAAAGACCGAAAUGAUUUUGACACUUUCGUAAAUCUCAUCGCUUAUGCAAUGAUAAUUUUUAUUUGUAUAGGUGUCAAAGCUCAUUUGUCCCUUUACAUGACCCCCAACUUGGACCUGUGAAUGCAUUAUUUCCUCCACUGCAUGGCAAAAAAUAGCCAGCUCUACAUCCAUGCUGUGAUUAACAUGUCCCUACGCUGUGAUAAUCCCACUACUACAUACGCAUGUAUUGACUUUUGCCACACAUCGAAAGAGGCGCUUUGAAAGCCAGCGCUACAAAGAAAUAGGAAAUAAACCGCAUCACAAGAAAGAAGCUGCUUUCUCUACAAGAACAUCAAUUGGAAUAUUUCCCUUUCUGUGGCAGAAUAAUGAAAUGAGGUUCGUGUUUUUGCAGAUGUGUUAGCCUUGCACAACUUACUUGCAAUAGUAUUUGCAUAAUUGUGCAGUUAGGCAGAUUGAAAACUAUUAUUCCACCUGAGCAGGUUUCUCUGGCAAAGGAAGAAAUCCUUUGCCAUUGGUUUUCCUUUGUUGCAUACAGAUGUGUGUAGAAUUCUAAUCCUACCAUUGUGGAAUAUUUUUAGUCUUCUAGGCAGAGGAGAACAGUUACCGAGCUCCCAAUUGAGAAUUUUUAUUCAAUAAAUGUAUUUUAUAUACUCAAAGAGAGA